AUGCUGAAGAAGUUGCUGCGAAAGAGACUUUUUUCUUAUCCCACUAAAUACUACUUCUUGGUUAUCAUUUUUUCCCUGGUCACCUUCUCAGUAGUAAGAAUUCAUCAGAAGCCCCAGUUUGUCAGCAUCGGUGAUCUGGAACUGACUGGGGAGAAUCCUAGUAGUUAUAUCAAUUGUACCAGAGUGUUACAGGGUGAUGCAGAUGAAAUCCAGAAGGCAAAGCUUGAAAUGCUAACAGUGAAAUUUAAAAAUCGCCCUCGGUUGACAACCCACGACUACAUAAACAUGACCAGGGACUGCGCAUCCUUCAUCAAGACUAGUAAAUAUAUCAUGGAGCCCCUUAGCAAAGAAGAGGCGGAAUUCCCCAUUGCAUAUUCCAUAGUGGUUCACCACAAAAUCGAAAUGCUGGACAGGCUCUUGAGGGCCAUCUACAUGCCUCAGAAUUUCUAUUGCAUACACGUAGACAAAAAAUCGGAUGAUUCUUUCUUGGGUGCAGUGAUGGGCAUUGCGUCCUGUUUCGGCAACGUGUUCGUGGCCAGCCAGCUGGAGAGCGUGGUGUAUGCGUCCUGGAGCCGGGUCCAGGCCGACCUCAAUUGCAUGCAGGACCUGCACAGAACGAGCACCACCUGGAAGUACCUCAUCAACCUCUGCGGCAUGGAUUUCCCGAUUAAAACGAACCUGGAGAUCGUCCGCAAGCUCAAGUCCCUGAUGGGGGAAAACAAUCUGGAAACGGAAAAAAUGCCCGCCAAUAAGGAGGAAAGGUGGAAGAAGCGUUAUGAAGUCGUGAAUGGGAUGCUCGUGAACACGGGGACUGACAAAGGGCGGCCGCCCAUCCAAACUCCCAUCUUCUCCGGCAGCGCCUAUUUCGUGGUCAGCAGGAGCUACGUGGCUUAUGUUCUUGAAAAUGAGCGGAUCCACCAUCUCAUGGAGUGGGCCAAGGACACUUACAGCCCCGAUGAGUAUCUCUGGGCCACCAUCCAGAGGAUGCCGGAUGCCCCUGGUGCGCUCCCCGCUAGCCCCAAGUACGACUUGUCGGACAUGCAGGCCAUCGUGCGCUUCGUCAAGUGGCACUAUUUUGAGGGCGACGUCACCAAGGGCGCCCCAUACCCACCCUGCAGCGGGGUGCAUGUGCGCUCUGUGUGCGUCUUCGGUGCUGGAGACCUGAAGUGGAUGCUGCGCCAGCAUCACUUGUUUGCCAACAAGUUUGACACCGAUGUCGACCUCUUUGCCAUCCAGUGUUUGGAUGAGCAUUUGAGACAUAAAGCUCUGGAGCCCUUAAAACCCUUACCGUGGCAGGCCACUUGA